AUGGAUAACUCACAGCUCUGCAAGCUGUUCAUCGGCGGCCUCAAUGUUCAGACGACGGAGCAAGGCCUGCGGGAGCAUUUCGAGAGUUUCGGUGAGCUCACCGACUGCGUGGUGGUCGUCAACCCCCAGACCAAGCGCUCCCGUUGCUUCGGCUUUGUCACUUACUCCGUAGCAGAGGAAGCCGACGCCGCCAUGAACGCCUCUCCGCACGUGGUGGAUGGCAGCAACGUCGAGUUGAAGCGGGCCGUGUCCCGAGAGGACUCUGUCCAGCCCGGCGCCCAUGCCAAGGUGAAGAAGCUGUUCGUCGGCGGCCUAAAGGAGGAGAUCGGAGAGGAUGAUCUGCUAGAACACUUCUCUCAGUUCGGCGACGUAGAAAAGGUAGAGAUCAUCGCCGACAAACAGUCCGGCCGCAAGCGUGGCUUCGGCUUCGUACACUUCCUCAACCACGAUGGCGCAGACAAGGCCGCAGUGGUCAAAUUCCACCCCAUCAACGGCCACCGCGUGGAGGUGAAGAAGGCCGUACCCAAAGACGAGGUCGGCGGCAGCGGUGGUGGAGGCCGCCCAUCCCGUGGUCUUGGAGGAGGCCCUCCCGGUAGAGGCCGCGGCGGCCGAGGUGGUGGCAUGCGUGACAUCAACGGCCUCUCCGGCGGCGGCGGCAAGAGUUUCGGCGGCGGCUACGGUGGUGGCUAUGGGAGCGGAGGCGGCGGCUACGGGAGCGGCGGUGGCUUCGGUGCCGGCAGUGGCGGCUACGGCGCCAGCACCGGUGGGGGCUACGGAGGCUCCUACGGCAGCGCAGGCGGUAGCUACGGAGAACAGAGUGGCGGCGGAUACGGCAACGGUUUCGGCAGCUACAGCCAGCAGCACCAGUCAUCAUAUGGGCCGGUAAAGAGCAUGAGCACGAUGGGGGGUGCCGGAGGCGCUUACGGCCGUACGAGUGCUAGUGGACCUUACAGGGGGGGCUACGGCGCCGGAGGCGGUGGCGGCGGCGCCGCUUACGGAGGUAGCUCGUACGGUGGUGGCGCCAGCUCCUACGGGGGAGGUUACUAG